AUGCCGGAGAGAAAGAUUGACAUUGGCUUUGACUAUGAGAAAUUAGGCAAUAUUUAUAUGAAAAGAUCAUUACCAAAACAAGCUAUUAAAUGGUAUAAAAAGGCUAUUACUAAAUAUCUCAGUGCUAAACCACCACCUUCAAUUAAUUUGGCCGAUUCUUAUUUUUAUCUUGGAAAAAUAUUUUUAAGUAUAGAAAAGUACUCAAAAGCAAAAUUGUAUUUGAUCAAAGCACGUAAGCUUCUUCAAGAAAAUCUAUCACCAUCCGAUGUUCAAAUUGUUAAAAUUAAUAUUGAACUUGGACGUCUUAAAUAUUCUCAAAAUAGAUUUCAUAUGUCCACGAAAUAUUAUCAACUUGCAUUGAAUAUUUGUGAACAACAACCAAAAUUAGUUUAUCAUGAUUUAAUCUAUAUACAUAGCCUCUUAGGACUAUCUUUAAGCACCGAACAAAAGUACGAUCAAGCAAUGUACCAUUGCCAAAAAGUGCUUGAAAUUUCAAAAGAACGUAUGUCUACAUCAUAUGAGGAGGAUGAACAAAUUGAUAUGAUAAUUACACGAGUGUACGAGAGAAUUGUUCAGAUCCAUAUUCAUGAUAACAAAAUUGAUGAAGCUCUGACAAAUGCACGAGCAUGUCUUAAAAUUUCUCGGCAAUAUCCGAUGAACUAUUUUAAUUUGGGUAACAGUUUAUUAUUGAUGGGGAGUGUUUAUCGACACAAAGAACUUUAUAAACGAUCAUUGGUCUGCCUAAGAAAAGCUCGUCAUCUUAUUAAUAAAUGCUCUUAUGAGUAUCAAACUCAAUUACUUCCUUAUAUAUAUGCUGAAUUAGGUAUCUUCUAUAAUAGAAUGAGUGAUCAUCGAUAUCGAACAGCGUACAAAUACUAUAAAUUAGCGAGGAACACAUCUUUGAAUAGUCAUGACGAAAAUUUUCGACGUGAUAUAGAAGAAAAUAUAAAAAAUUUACAAAAUCAAUGUGGAGAUUUAUUAGAAAUAUG